UUUGGCUGUCCUCACGGUCGUGCGUGAUUGAGGUUUUAACCUUCCUUCUUCCUUUCCAUUGAGAUCUUAUCUUUUCAGACACAGCUGCUCCCCUGCUUUAUCUUCUUCUCGCCGGCGAGAGAAGAAAAAAAUGGCGGGAAGAGCGGCUUUCUCUGUAUCUUCGUCUCCUUCACUCUGCAUACCUUACUCAACUACUUCGCUCUCACUAUCUUUCUCGAACCGAUCUGCACUCUCUGUGCGGAUUUCUACUCGAACCAACAGAUUUUCCGGGAUUUGCUGCUCUUUGUCUGCCAAUGACAUCAAAGCCGGAACCAACAUCGAGGUCGAUGGUGCCCCUUGGCGUGUACUUGAGUUUCUUCAUGUCAAGCCAGGAAAAGGAGCGGCCUUUGUGAGAACUAAGAUCAGGAACUAUGUUAAUGGUAGCACAGUGGAGAGAACAUUUCGUGCUGGAAUCUCUGUCGAGGAAGCAAACGUAUUCAAAGAAACCAAACAGUUCACAUACAAAGACGGGUCUCAGUUUGUUUUCAUGGAUUUGAGCACAUACGAAGAAACACGUCUCAACGAAUCCGAUAUGGGCGACAAGACGAGAUGGCUGAAAGAAGGAAUGGAAUGUAGUUUGCUUUACUGGAAAGACAAGGUUAUCGAUUUCGAACUACCUAAUACGGUUACCCUCAAAGUGGUUGAUGUUGAUCCUGGUCUUCGCGGUGACACUGCACAAGGUGGAUCAAAGCCGGCUACAGUGGAAACGGGGGCAGUAGUUACCGUACCACUCUUUGUUAACAUUGGCGAAGAAAUUUUGGUGGAUACUAGAACCGGUAUGUACAUGAACCGGGCGUGAACCGUGUCUACACCUACUUAAAUCGGAUCCAGAAUUCAAUCCGAUGAGGCAAUUAUAAUCAUUUUUGUGUAUGUAUAUGCAAAUAUGCAAUGUUUGAAUCGAGGAUGAUAUAUGUUUUGAAAAAUAAAUUUUGAACA